UCUCGCCCACUUGCCCGCGGUAUCUCGCCUCCUGACGGUCACACACCGCCUCCAGACGUCGCAACGAACUUACGGGAUAUCGCGUCUCCGUCAGUUCUCGCACCAUCAGCCGUCGGAAAAGUGUACGUCGUCAUCUCGGCAUUCUCAGCCGAUACUCGCGAUAUCCAGUGUCCACUCCCGAUCGAAAAUAGAAUGACCGCCAAAAACAAACGACCAUCAGAGCCUAGACGCGCCAACAAGCCGCUGAUGGAGAAGAGGAGACGGGCUCGCAUCAACCAGAGCCUGGCAGCCCUGAAGACCCUCAUCCUGGACUCGGCCAAAGCCGAGAAGACCAAACACUCGAAACUGGAAAAAGCGGACAUCCUAGAACUCACGGUGCGUCAUUUCCAACGACACAGAAGUCUGGACGUCAAAGGUGUGAACCAGUACAAAGCAGGCUACUCCGACUGCGUCAAAGAAGUCCAGAGGUACUUGGAAACCCCAGACGUCCAAACCAUGACCAUCAUAGAUGCCGGUAUCCGCCAGAGGUUGCUACGGCACCUCGAAGGUUGCAUCACAGAAGUCGACAUGGAUCUUCGGCCGCCUCCACCCAUAGAAGAACGUCUUCAACCAGAAGAGAACAACAACGAGAAUGAGAAGAACCAUCAAAGUAAAGAAGAAAAAGUUAAGACUGACGGAAAUUACGUUUUGCUCCUUCCAGAGCACUACCUACAGCUAGCCAACGCUCUAGGUGUUAAUAUAAAGCACCAAGAAGAGCCUUCUCCCCCUUCUGCCUCCCAUCACCAAGUGAAUGAAGUGGUGCGAAAAGAACCUGAUGGUAGAUUAGACGGGAGUGUGAAUUUGGUUAAAAAUAUGGACAGUAUGUGGAGGCCUUGGUAAUUUCGAUGUUUCUGUUUUCAUGGUUGUUAAUUUGUUGCUAGAUUUUUUAGACAAUCUAAAAUUGUGAAUUAUUGGAGAUAUGUUAUUGAUAUUUGAUUAUUUAUUUGUGGUGAUGAAUAUAUGGAUGAUACUUUUGCAAUAUAAAAUUUUA